AUGGUUAUGUUCCACCAUCUUUUAAUCAUAUGUGUUUAUAGUCAUACCCGAUCCUGUAUUCCCGGUUCCUGUAUUAAAGUUAUUGUGGACUGGACCCUUCUUGAUGAAUCUGAAGACUCCAGUAAAAUCACACAGUUACUGGCUAGUGACUCAUCCAGUAAUCCAUUGAGCCAACUUAAUGAUACCAUAUCGUUAGUAGGAGGUGUUCUGAGAGACGUUUGGUCACUGUAUAACAAAGAAACCCGUCAAAAUCUCCUGAAUCUCUUAGCACCAAUCUCAAUGAUAGAAGUUAGCUAUUCCAAAGAUGAAAACAUAAACGACCUAAGCUUCAUUCCACAGCUACAAGAGAAGUUAGUGUGGAAGUUCAAAAUCGAUCAUGAACGAAUCCAGUGUUUCUCUCCGCUGGUACAGUUUGUGACAUUAUUUCAUUCAACUUGCAUCAACUUCCAAGAGAGCGUUCUGAAACUUCAGUCAUUCAUAAAGAAGAGAUCGAGAGGUACGACAGCUGUUCUAGACGUUGACUGGAGUUCUCUUAAUCUUGCCAAAUCUUACUCCGAUGCCCACAGUAUAGUCAGUAACUGUAUCAGAAUGCAUCUAUCAAAGUGUGGUUCUGCAGCUGCUGCUAUGCCAUUCUUAAACUUGGAUAUUCGAAAAGUUGUUGUAAAAGUUGUUCCUCGUGCCGCUGAAGCCGGUAUAUUUUUAGAUGGUCCAGAAAUUACUAUUGGAGUGCAUGUGGAAAAAUCUUCGAGUGUUUGGUCAUCGAGUGAUUUUGACUACUCGAAUGCUUUCCAAAUAUUGCAAACAAAUCAAAUAAUUGCAGUAUGGAAGACAAAAUCAAAAACGAAAAAUAUUUUGGACAAGAUACUUUCCUCAUUACAGAAUAGCUAUGGAUUCAAGGGAUCCUUGCGAUUGGAUACGGAUGCUUUGAUAAACACAAUAUGCAUGGAAAAUCCACGUAUGGCUCAUCCGUCACAACUAUUUUCCCUUGAGAUGAAGCACUUUGAAAAGUAUCUUAAUAACACCUUCCUAGAUGAGUUUAAACGCUCCCUGGAUACUUCAAACUACUGCUGGCGUGUUGGGAACUGUAGAUCUGAAACUGGUUUGUGGUGUUGGUUGACCAAGAAUGAGGUCGAACAUUUGACCCCGGGGACACCCAUAUUCACCUUAUCCAAAUCAAAAUCCAAAAAAUUCAAAUUAAUCUUCAGAAAAGCUACAUCUGACAAUUUCAAUACUAUGAGUUUCGUGAACUCCAAAUGUUUAUUCGGGUGUCCAAACAUUGAUUGGAGAGCUAAAGGACAGAUUUUGACCGUUGACAACGUUAUCUACUAUAUAGCUGAUCCUGGAAAAGCAUGUGAUCUACUUGGGUAUCUGAAUCAACCAUUUGAGUUCAGUGGUAAUACAAGAGCUGAUGAAGAGGUCCACAAUGUGCCAAGGUACACUGCUCUAGAGAGCUUCGCCAUAAGAAGAGAUUUGUUCAACAGCCACAAUUCCUGCUCUUUAAUAUACCAAUGUUGGUUUCAAUGCAUUCAAAUGGGUGUUAAUUUUGUAACCGAUUCAAACAUUUCAGCACUUAACUACAAUCAAAUGUUAGGGGUCUUGUGUUAUUUGAACAGUAUAAAGAAAAUUUUAAAAUCUGUUUCCAAAUCCAAAGGAAUAGUUUAUUUGAAGGUGGAUGGAUCGAGAGAAGGACCUGUCACAGCUGAGAGAAGUGGAAAUGAUUUAUACCUGAUAGUUGGAGGAUCUAAAGAAGAUUCUGGUAGCCCAUUUGAAAGUUUAGACUUCGAUGAUGUCUCUAUAGAUGAUUACGACGAUUGUGAUAUCGAGUUGAAAAAACUCUCAUCAUAG